CAAAGCCGACAUCAGGGUUCAACCCGCCAAGAUCGCCUGCCAUCAUUCUCAGCAUUUUCCUCAGUCUGGCAGCAUUUCUCUAACAGCAGCUUCUAGAAUAGUCCUCUCACUUCCUCUUCAGUCACGAAGAGAACUUCUCACAAUAUCUGGACACAACACAGGAUGUGUUGAGAAGCGGUCAUAUCAAUCUUAAAAGCGCCUUCGCUUGCGAACAACAUGGCGGCAAGUUUAGAAGUCCGUCUGUCGUCUGUAAGGGUCAGACUGUUGUUGGUUGUAGCCAUUUUACUAUCACUUGGUGUUGUUGUCCAAGGCUCCCAGCUGACCAAUCGCCUCUUUCAGUGGACAAGAAACCCAGAAAGCUAUCAGUCGUUGGGCAAGCGCCUGACUGGCCACGUAGUCACCACGUACACCAAAUACGUCAACAGUCAGUGUGCACUGGAGUGUCUGCGCAGCCAUCUUUGCAAAAGCUUCAACUUUGACCGAGGCACCGGCAGGUGUGAAAUCAACAGCAUGUCUCACCUGGACUACCCGGCUGACAUCAGCGACUCGGCAAGUUCCGAGUACCAUGUCAAAGAAGCUUUUUCCAUUGAUCCCAGCGCUCUGGGCCCCUGUGCAUCCAAUCCUUGCCGAGACAACGGCCACUGUAUCGAGACCAAGACAGCAGACGACAUUCUGAUCGCCGUGUGUCUGUGCAAAGAUGGCUGGACUGGCUCCGGCUGUCAGUUUCCAGUUGACAGCCCUACAUGGGGCCAGUGGGCAGAAUGGGGCCAGUGCUCCGUUUCCUGUCAACGGGGAUGGCGCAUGCGCACUCGUAACUGCGAAGACAGCAACACAGGACAGACGAUCAGCAGCCUGGAGUGUUACGGGGCUGACGUGGAUUAUGGGAUAUGUGUGCUGCAGGACUGUCCCAAGUGGGAGGAGUGGGGAGCAUGGGGGGAGUGCUCGACUGCCGUGACCUGCGGAAGAGGAUUUAAGGUCCGACGAAGAUCUUGCAGAAACGGAGGUGUGCCUGGGGUGGACAGGUAUUGUCUUGGCUCAACCAACGAGACAACUCCCUGUCAAGGCAUCGACUGUCAAGGUGCGAUGCGUCUGCGUGACGGCGUGGAGCACGGGGAGGGGCGGCUGGAGGUGUACAACGAUGUGACCAGUGAGUGGGGACUGGUGUGUGCCGAUCAGGUGACCGGAGUCGUGGCUGACCUUAUCUGCAGGCAGAUUGGUUUUCCUGGAGCUUAUGCUGCUGUUACUGACGGUCGUUUUGGAAUGAGUCAGGAGCAGCUGUCUGUGACCAUACGUCACAUCCGGUGUCAGGGUGGAGAGAGGCGUAUGUUAGAAUGUCAGCACAACACUUGGAACUCCAGUGGAACAUGUGAUGGGCAGAACAUUGCAGGGGGAGUGCAAUGUAGCGUUAACGGAGUCUGGAGUCUGUGGGGCUCUUGGGGCGACUGCUCCGUGACCUGUGAGAACGGCACUCGUCAAAGAACUCGCACCUGCAGCCACCCGCCCCAGAAGUAUGCUGGGAAGCCUUGUGAUGGAGAGACUGCUCAGUACAAACCCUGUCAGAUGGACCUCUGUCCAGUCAACGGAGUCUGGAAUCCCUGGUCUGACUGGUCCUCGUGCUCCGCCACGUGCGGCAACGGAACCCAGAGUCGCUCCCGGACUUGUCGCGGACCGUUCUUCGGAGGCAAGAACUGCAGCGGGAACAGCAAGGAGACCCAAGAGUGUGCGUCCCGGAUGUGUCCAGUGGACGGUGUUUGGAGCGAGUGGGGCGCGUGGGGUGCGUGUACACUCACCUGUGGUAACGGUACACAGUCCAGAAACCGCACGUGCGUUGGGCCGUUUUAUGGUGGACGUGCAUGCCAGGGUAGCAGCAGCGAAUGGGGAGCCUGCAACGAUUUCAACUGUCCAGUCGAUGGCGAGUGGGCUCCAUGGCAACAGUGGCAGACUUGUAACGUCACGUGCGGAGGAGGGCAACAGAUUCGUGUGCGGCAGUGCUACAACCCCUUGCAUGGAGGCAGCCCUUGCGUCGGUGUUUCCAUGGAAACCCGCAUAUGCGGACAAAAUCCAUGCCCUCUCAACGGCGUGUGGAAGACCUGGUCUGAAUGGAACACGUGCUCUGUCACGUGUGGUGCGGGCGUCCAACUGCGUAACCGCACGUGUGAUGGCCCCUUCUACGGUGGCGCCCCCUGCGUCGGGGAGGUGAACCAGACUCAAACCUGCCAACCCAGACUGUGUCCUGUCGAUGGCCUCUGGAUGGACUGGGGAGCGUGGUCCUCAUGCUCUCUUUCGUGUGGCGGAGGACGACGGACGCGUGCCCGUGUGUGCUACGGCAGUGGUCAUGCGGGCACAGUCUGCCUGGGCAAUGCUACAGAAAGCGUUGACUGCAAUACUAACCCGUGUCCAGUUGAUGGCGUUUGGAACGUCUGGGGCGCUUGGGGCGUGUGCACGCAAACGUGUGGCAAUGGAACGCGCAUGCGCGAUCGGAAGUGCAAUGGACCAUUCUACGGGGGCGCCAACUGCACAGGUCCAUGGCAAGACACGGAGUACUGCAGCCCCAGUCCAUGUCCAAUGGAUGGAUACUUCCACGAUUGGGCCGAUUGGAGCACGUGCACAGUCACGUGUGGUGGUGGCAGCCAAUGGCGAAACCGUGUAUGCCAGCCGCCUCUCUACGGAGGGCGGACCUGUGUGGGCGUGGCCAAUGAGACUCAAGCUUGCAACUCCUACCCUUGUCCAAUUGACGGCGUCUGGCAGAGCUGGUCCAACUGGUCUGUCUGUGACGUCACUUGUGGCGGCGGAAGUCGGCUGCGCUCGCGAGUAUGCGUGGAUCCCAAAUAUGGCGGCCAACCGUGCGUUGGCUCGAAAACAGAGAGCACAGGGUGCGCGAACAAUCCGUGCCCCAUUCCCGGCAAUUGGUUGCCAUGGACACAGUGGAGUACAUGCACUCUGACGUGUGGAGGCGGGGUUCGCGAGCGCUCACGUGCGUGUGACCUGACGGUGCACGGCAACCUCACCGCCCCCUGCAUCGGCAGCGGCUACGAGAAGGUCGCGUGUCACACCUUCGCCUGCACGCCUUACGCCCGCACGUGCACGGAGUGGGCCACCAAGGGUCUGACUGUGAGCACCAUGGCAGACAUCGACCCCGAUGGCACUACCGGAGGACUGUCGCCUAUUCGAGUCUACUGUGACCUGGCUGCGCAAGGGGGCAUCGGGGUUACUGUCAUCGGGCACGACAGCGAGGAGCGCACACAGGUACAAGGGUGGGAGGGAGCGUGCGAGUACAAACAGCCAAUCACAUACAAUGUCUCAUUCGAACACGUCAAGGCCAUCAUCGACCAAUCAGCUGUGUGUAUGCAAUUCAUUCGAUGGGAAUGCAAAGCUGCUCUCAUUCAUAACCCGAAUGACAACCAAAGGAUCACUACUGGUUGGCUAACCAGGACUGGGGCUCUCGCCGACUACUUCGGCGGGGCCUUACCCGGAAGUGGUAAGUGCGCAUGUGGAAUGACGUCAUCGUGUGCCGACCGUGAUCUGGCCUGCAACUGCGACUCUAACGACGAUGUGUGGCGGGAGGACAGCGGGAACCUGACCUACAAGCCGGACCUUCCGGUCACUGCCUUCGUGGCAGGGACACAGGUAACUUUAACGAGGAAGGUUACUAUACGCUGGGCGCCAUGCACUGCCGUGGCUAGAGAUGUUCUCUCUGGCAUUUAUCUUCACAGGCCUGACAAGGGACUCCACAUCACUGCCUGCGAUUUCCUCCCACACUGUCCUUCCUUCUCUCAUCUCUCUCUCUCACAUACACACACUUAUUAGCUGUCACCAGCUGUUCUCUUCUUAUCUCUUGGUGUAUAGAUGACUAUAAUGCUGAGCUUGUAAUGUGAGUGUGCAUACUUCAACAGCAGAAUAUCGUGAAAGUUUUUGAAUUAAUUGUGUAACAGUUUCCUUCUGUGUAUUUUUGUCUUUCAGUUACCAGAGUUUAAAGUGUUUACAUAAAAAGUUACUCAACUGUUAUUAUCAUAUUGAAGAACACUGGUUUUAAUUGAUCGCUUUUUCUCUCUGUUCAUCCACUUCAACCACCUACUAGCUACUUAUGAGUGGUUUAUGUUUAUGAUGAGUCUUUGUCACCUUCUAGUGUGUUUUCUUCUAUUUGACGUUGUUUUUUUUUCUCUUGGUCUGUUCCUCCAUUCCUUUCUAGCAUUCUGUCUGUCUUUCUGUCUGUCUUUCCUUCUGUUCUUCUGUCUUCUCCACAGAAUACAUUUUUUUUCUCUUGAGAUUCUUCUACCUUUGAGCAUAAAGUAUAUUGAUAGCAGCACUCGUAAACCACUUUGUCUGUGUUGUAUUCUUUGUGUUGUGUUUAGCAACUGAAAAAGUCAGGGUUAGUACAGGGUCAGUGCAGGGUUCCUCACGGGGCUCGCUUCUUGCACAAGGAAACUGAUUUGAUGACAAGUGUAAGAACUGAAUCCCGUGAGCUAAGUAAGAGAUGACUAGCACUUGGUGUGUAGUAGGAGUGUCACUGAUGUCUUGCUUUAGCUUACUUGUUCAAAUACAAUU